CCUGGUCCCUGCAUAAGGGCAGAAGGGAAGGAAAGCUCCUUGCAGGCACCCUUUCUUGCAGAGCUGUCCAUGGACUCCAGCUCUAUCCAGUUUAUCCUCAGUAUCCCCCUCUUAGAUAUGUAUGUGAAUAGCAGUGUCCCCAUUUUACAGAGGAAUCUGAAGAGAGACAUGAAGUGACUCACUCAGGGCACCACAAAGCUGGGAAUACAGUUCGAGACAUUCUGAUAUGUUCACUCCUAUGGGCCAGGCUGUAUCUCAUAUGGGCUGUUCAUUAACAACCCCGCUAACUCCCUCCCAAAAUGUGGUCACCAGACCAGACCCCAUCCUAAGUAGGAGAGUGUGAGGAGGAUGGCUUAGGCAGUGACAGUCUCCCUGUGAGAAGGUUUAUCGGCACCUCUGUUGCAGGUCCAGUUUGAGGAGCUUAGGAAGAAGGUGCAGAGACAAAACUAUAUUCUGCCGAGCAUAUUAUAAUGGAAGAUUCACCAUACCUGUGGAAACACCAGGCAAAAAUUUUGUUUUGACCCUUCUGGGCCACUAACUGUAAUUGGGGAGAGUGAUUGUUGAUUGCAUAAAAAGGAAGAGUGGGCAAUAAUAGCUCUACCCUUACAUCCCACUGACAUCAAAUUCUCAUCGCACGCCCAUUUGGACUGGGUGUCUAGACUUUCCAUAGAAAAGGCAACUUUUUUAUUUGAUGGACUCUUCCCUAGCUGAGACUUUGUUUCCUCUUUAGGGAAAUUUUACCCUUGGAGACAUUCUUGAUAGGAAUCUGAGAAAAUCCUUUGAACUCUUGACUGCUCAGGUAGCAGUAAUUACUCAUUAUCAGUAUAUGCCAUUAUAACAUCUCUGCAGUGACCAGAUGAAUCCUCCACCUAGACCAUAAAAAGAGCUCUAGGCCAGAAUUCCCAAACUGUGGGGCGCGCCCCCCUAGGGGGGCAUGGAGGAACGUUCAGGGGGGUACAGUGGGGCCCGGGCCAGUCCCCACAGGAGUCGGGGAGGGAGCACCACCCAGCCCUGCUCCGCUCCCAGCUCUGCUCCGGCCCCGGCCCCAGCUGCAGCCCCUGACGGCGCCACACUCAGCCUCAACCCCUGGCUUGGGCUCCAUUCCCAGUCCUGGCCCCAGACCUGCCCCCAGUUGCAGCCCUGGCUCCGAGGAGUGGGGGAAGGACAGGGGUAAGGGAGGGUGCAACCCUGAAAAGUUUGGGACCCAUGCUCUAGGCCCUCUUAUUAAGCUCUGUUCACUUUGAAAUAGGGCCUCUUUUAUUUAUGGUUCAUCCCAAGAUGCCUUCAUGCUUUCUGCCCAGAACAUGGCCAUUUUAACAAUACCUGGAAGGGGAUGCUGGUUCUUGUCUUAUAACUGGGAACUUGGCAUAACACUAACCUUGCUGUCCUCCCUUAUCGAGGGUUAUUUGUUUGGCAUAACCCAGAAUAAGAAUUCACAUAAAUGUAGGAAGUUCACAAUGUUCUCUUUAUUGGAGGAAAUGCUGCUGACAAAUUAAGGCACAACAUGUUGAAGAAAAGGGUGUAAGAUAAAUAAUAAUGUUCUGUAAUGGUGAAAUGAACCCACAUUUUAACAAGCUAAACCGGAAUGAAAUAUCGAAAAAGGCCACACCAUAAUAACAUGGGAAAAGAAGACAAAAUGAGUGAUCCCUCUGUGGCAGGUCCUUUCCCUUUGUAGAAAUUUGAAAGUAUGAGAAAUGCCAACAUGUUCAUAAGAGAAGAUAGACAUAUCAGGCCCUUUAAAAGAUGAUUACUAAAUUAACUAAUCCAUAAAUUAAAUAUUUUCCCCAACACAGCAAGAGCCCAUCUGUAAUGGCUGCUCACUAGACUGUAUUCUGCAGCUUUGCAUUAGCUUGUGCUUGGGGCACAACCUCCCCUGAAGUUAAUAGGAGUUUUACCUCAGUAAACAUUGCAAGAUUUGGCCCAGCAGCAACAGCAAAAUUCUACUUCCUUUCUAACUGAACAUUCACAGGCAAAUUUUCAAACAGUCAGAGCACAGGAGCAAUACACAAAAAUAAGGGUCCAGCUCCACAGCUGAUUUUCACAUACAGUUACUGUGCUGUGAUUGACAAAUGCAAAUUUGGUAUUUAGGCAUGCAAACGGCCAGUUGGGUACCAAACACACACACAGUCAUGGAAUCAUAAUUGCUCUGUUUGCACAUUGCUCUGGGUUUUUGUUGUUUUCAAAACCAGACUCUCAUUGUGAGCCAGAAAGUAAUGCCUUUGCCCAUGCUGAGUAAUAGCUUACUCCACAACAGUCCCGUUGACUUCAGUGGCACUGCUCAUUCAGUGCUACUCAAUAAAAGUGAGGGUAUCACAGACUGGCCUUAUCUGUUAACAGCUAGCUGUAGACGGUAAACUCCUGAUCAUGCAAGUUGCUGCACCCUGGCACAUCUUUGUGUAUGAGUAAUCUCAACAACCAAAGAACCGUGCAUAGAAAUGAUUUGAAAAUGGUACAUUAUCUUACAUGGAAAGCUUCCUGUUGUGAUGUUAGUUAUAACAAAUCAUUUUUUUCAAAAGCUUUUAUUUUAGAAAUGAGAUUUUGAGAUGCAAAUUUUUUCAAGCAAUUUUUCCCCUUUCAUGUCUUUCUACACACAGUGGUCCAAAUUUAUCCAUGGUCUAACUUCACUAAGGUUAAUGGAGUUGCAUUAUGUAAGGAUGUAUUUGGCCCAAUAUUUCCAAUCAGCUGUAUCGUGCUCUGUGUUAGGCUUUAUUUUAUGGAGAAUCUGGGAAUAGUUUCACCUUCCAUCUUGAGCUAUUCUCAGUGGCCUGCCCUCCACACUAUUACUGCUUCUAGCUUCUAGUCUCUAGUCUGUUCACUAAUAUAGUUCAGCUGGGAAUACACCUCUCCAAUUUUGUUUUCUUUUUAAUUUCUUUUGAGAUUUCUUUGAAUUCAGCCUUAAUUCAGCAGUGUUGACAAAAGCUGAAUGCAACAGCCAUUAGGAGAGAACCACUGGCAUCUCACGAGCCUUAGUUAAGUAAAGAGGAACCUUACAACACUAAAUAAACUGCAACCACCAUGGACAUCACAAUGAGACAGUUUUCAAAGUUUAAUGUCAAAAAAGAAAAGACCAUUUUGAUGCUGAGUUAUGAAAUCCGAAACUGCACAGACAAAUUUCAAAGAAUUACAAGCUCUGCUCACACAGCCGUUAUAGCGACAUUGCACAUUUACAAGCUUGCAAGGCUACAAAGGUUAAUAUUCAAGUCUACAAGUCCUUGGGAUGCUUCAGAAACACAAAAAGAAAAAUAUCUUUAAUCUUUUUUUUAAUUUAAAGACUUCUUUGACAAUUCCUUGGUAAAUUUAAUAAUACAGAGGUAUUGAAAAGCAUUCUCUCAGAACAUCUCAGGUCUCUCCAACUGUGGUGGCUCAGUAGCCCACCUUUUUCCUUCUUGUUUAUUUUUAAAUGCCCUUCAGAACUAAACCGGAGCCGCAUGGUAUAUGGUAGAGUAACAUGGUAGAUGGACUUUUGUGUUAAAAAUAAUGGUGAAAAAGACAGAAAUUUAGUCUGAAAAGGUACAACUAUUUAGCUUAUGAAUCUCAGUUUCAGUCCUUAAAUCAACUACUAAGUUAUGUAACUGAUUUUUUUCAUGUUGUGUGAGGUUGCCAGGGUUGCAGUGGCCUGUUCGUGAAAUAUGAAUAACAAAAUAUAAAAAUAUGUAUGUGGGUCUGCGUAUUUGUGUAAUCUUGCCAAUUUUUGAUCCUGUAAUUGGCAUGGAUAUACAGUACUAGCCAUACAGGGAGACCACUGGAAAGUGAAAUUAAUUUAACAGGUUGUAUUUUUUGAGAUUAUGCAAGGAAUUGUGGAAAACUGCAUUACAACACAUUGUUCCCUACAGUUUCCUGUAUGGUAGGGCCUCAAAAAUUUUCAGAAUGUCCCUAGAAAGUGUUUAUUUUCAUAUAGCUGCAAAUAAGUGCAUACAGAUAGUGGUCAUAACAAACACAUCUUUUCCUUUAGAUUAUAACAAGUUUUGAAAUUUACAAGGUGUAAACACGUUCAGAAUAUAAAAGCUGAAAUAUUUGUGUUUUAAUAUUUCAAUUCUUAUAUAUUUGUGUCUAACAUUUUCUGAAUAUCAUGCAUCAUACAAAUGAUGCCUUGUCAUUGUACAUGCUCUUUGUGUGUUUUUUGGUCUAAUGUGCUGUAGUUACUGACAAAAUCAAGUUUGAACUAUGGUGAGAACUAUAGAGCUAGAAAAGGUACACAGGAGAAAACUGUAUUUUAGUUUCUCCUACCUCAGACAUAGUCACUACGUUGCUAGCCAGGUUCUGGUUUCAGAAUACUUUUGUAGAUAACAAAUAGAGAUACACAGAACAGAAAGAAUGCAGCUUGAUUUCCAAAUACUAGGCUGAGUAUGCAUUGUUAGCAAUUAGAAAAGGAUUGCUUUGAAUUACAAAUUGAGUAAAUGUGAUAUUUGGGAAUGAAAUAUAUGGGAAUAAGAACAAACAUGAGAUAACAGUAUUUAAUAGUCACUUUUCUGACCAUACUCGCAUUUUCAAGAGUCCUACAAUAGCAAUAUUCCAUUUACUAAAGUAUAUAGAGAUAACUUUCAGAACUUUUAACAAUAUAUCAAAUCUGAAAAUCUAAUUCUCAUAAUUGUUUUAAAACUGCUUUAUUACCCACUUGCAUAGUUAAUAUGCAUCCAAUUAUUGAUAUGUAUACAGAGAAUUCUCUUGAGUGAAAUUCCUGCAAAAUUACCUGUUCAAUCCAUAAGAAUAGCAGAAUUUCAUCAUGAUUAAUGUAGCAAUGAAUAUCAAAUUGACAUCCACUGAUAAUGACUUAAGAUGUUCAGUACACGUUAUAAAACUAUUUUACAUUUUAAUUUUGAUUCAUAUAAUCUAAAAUAUAAACAUUUGUGAAUAUUUGGAACAUCAGCUAUGGAAUGACAUUGCUGUAGAAUCUAGCUGUGCUGUCCAGUAGUAAAAAGGAGUUAUUUUUAGACAUGUAGUUUUAUGAACUGACAGUAUUUAAAUGUUUCAUCUAAAACAAACACAUUUCAGGACUGUUGUUAAUUAAAUAUAAUUGUUGCCUUGUUAUUUAUUAUUAUUUAUGUAUUUGUUAUUUGCUUAUGACCACAGUGUUAAAACUCACAAGAUAAAAUGUCGCUCUCUGAUAUUGCUCUGGUAACCUCAACUAGAGAAAGGUAGUGGUAGCAAGAGCGGAACUGCUAAGCAUGCCCACAUAAGAAUGUCAUACUUAGGUAACAGAGUGUCCCUCAGGUCAGCCUACGCUAAGAGCAAAGUCAAGCAAGGCUGAAUCCUUGAUGUUUUGUGUUUUAAGUAUCUGAAAAUUGUACACGACCAGCCCCGACCCACAAGACCUCAAAUGAUCAUAUGAGCGAGGCAAUAAAUUGAUGGUAACUUGCCCCGGGCCCAUGUUCUAGUUGUGGUGUUGAUGAAAGUUGCGUCUAGUGGUAACCUGUGCGUGUAGAUCCAGCUGUCUUUUCAGGCUUAAUAGAGGGGGAAAUCAUUACAUUUAAUUGCACUGAAGGGAAACUGACUAUGGUGGCUGAAAGUGCAUGGCUGAAAAGCUCUGCAUCUUAUCAAUGCGGUCAAGUGGAGAUGCUUGUGAAUACCACCAGAUCAAGAGAAUUGGGAAACCACUUGCUUUCCAAAACUCCACAGCUCAGCAAGAUCUUGGCAAUGCCAACAGUUUGUCAACCAGUGCUUAUCAACCCUCCAAAAAAUGGCCUUCCAGCCUGGGACAGGCUGGUACAUCUUCGUGACAGACAUCUACAAAAUUCCAUUUGUGAUAUAACAGAAAAUCACUUGUGUAGGAAAAGACAUUCCAGAAAUGAUAUGCUGGGAAAUGGACAGCAAUCUUCACAGUUUCUACAUGCUUCAGUUUGGACUAGCUCAAUAUUACAUCCAGGUCAUACAGAAGUGAAUAUUCAAGGCAUGUCAAGUGCCCAGGAGUACGAUAGAGAAGAAAAAAAAUGUAAAGGAUACAUACCCAGUUACUUAGACAAGGACGAGCUAUGUGUAGUAUGUGGUGACAAAGCCACCGGGUAUCAUUAUCGCUGCAUCACUUGUGAAGGAUGCAAGGGAUUUUUUCGAAGAACCAUUCAGAAAAAUCUCCAUCCAACCUAUUCCUGUAAAUAUGAAGGAAAAUGUGUGAUAGACAAAGUGACAAGAAACCAGUGUCAGGAAUGUCGCUUCAAAAAAUGCAUCUAUGUUGGCAUGGCAACAGAUUUGGUGCUGGAUGACAGCAAGCGGUUAGCAAAAAGGAAGCUGAUAGAAGAAAACCGAGAGAAGAGACGUCGGGAAGAGCUACAAAAAACAAUUGGGCACAGACCCGAGCCAACAGAUGAGGAAUGGGAGCUGAUCAAAAUUGUCACUGAAGCGCAUGUGGCCACUAAUGCACAAGGAAGUCACUGGAAACAAAAAAGGAAAUUUCUGCCUGAAGAUAUUGGGCAAGCACCAAUGGUUAAUGCCCCAGAAAGUGGGAAAGUGGAUUUAGAAGCCUUCAGCCAGUUUACAAAAAUUAUCACACCAGCAAUUACAAGAGUGGUGGAUUUUGCCAAAAAGUUGCCUAUGUUUUGUGAGCUGCCAUGUGAAGACCAGAUAAUCCUUUUGAAAGGCUGCUGUAUGGAGAUUAUGUCCCUCCGAGCAGCAGUGCGCUACGACCCUGAGAGUGAGACUUUAACACUAAAUGGGGAGAUGGCAGUGACAAGGGGCCAGCUGAAAAACGGGGGUCUCGGCGUAGUGUCUGAUGCCAUCUUCGACCUGGGCAUGUCGCUGUCUUCAUUUAACCUGGAUGACACAGAGGUCGCCCUGCUCCAGGCUGUGCUGCUCAUGUCAUCAGAUCGUCCAGGUCUCCUCAGUGUUGAGAGGAUAGAAAAAUGUCAAGAAGGUUUCCUCCUGGCCUUUGAACACUACAUUAAUUACAGAAAACACCACGUUGCACACUUUUGGCCAAAACUGCUGAUGAAAGUGACAGAUCUACGAAUGAUUGGAGCCUGCCACGCCAGCCGCUUCCUGCACAUGAAGGUGGAAUGCCCCACGGAACUCUUUCCCCCUUUGUUCUUGGAAGUGUUUGAGGAUUAGAAAGACUGGAGUGGUUCUCAGAAUUCCUAUAGCACUACUGGCUGUCAUUUCAUUCCAUUGCCUAGCUCUUCUUCUGUUCUUUUUGUUUUGGUUUGGUUUGUUUGUUUCUUUUUUUUUUUUUUUUUUUUUGCAUAGACAUGGAUGAAAAUGUCCCUUUUAUGCGGGUACUUGUGACUAUUGCAUUUUGUCCUUCAGUCCCUUGAUGUGAAUGCUUUGACAGCUUAACAGUGAAAACACAAACAAACCAAUCUCGAUCACCAGCACUUAAGUGGUCACCAGCUCACAUCCAUAACUGCUUGGGGAAAUGGGGAGUUAAAAUUGAAGUGGCAGAAAAUAAACAGGCCUCCAAGGCAAAGCACUUUGCCCUGCCUUUUUCCCAGUAUUACCUCAUUUUGCAAGCCACAAGUGAGAUACAGUGUCUAGUUUUCCAUGGUCAUUCUAAGUGUAACCAUUACCAUUGUGACCUAAGAAUACCAUCAUCACUGUGAUUGCAUCACGUCUUUGGGAUUAUUACAUGGAUCAUAAAUAUCUGUGUCCUCUACAAUCAAAUCUUUUUUCAAAUACCCAGUGGGAAGGAGGGGUUGAUAUAUUUUUUUCAUUUGUACGAAAUGAAGGCAAAAUCCUUCAGCCCUUGCUCAAUUAAAACUCUAGAUGACUUCAGUGGCAGGUCUACUGAAAUAGAGACUUUGGGCUUGAUCCUGUGAGGUGUUGAGCUCUUCCAACAGGUGCUGGGAGCCCUCAGCUCAGGUUGGUUUCAGGAGAGGAAGUGAAGGGGGAUGUCACAUCAACAUCCAAGUGGCACUGGAAGGGGUGGGCACUCGGCAGGUCUCGGUAUGCACUCAGCACUCUGCAGGAAUGGGUCUUUUAUCCUGACUGCAGGAUUUGCUUACGGUCAUGCAAAGAUACAAAUGAUCACAGGGAGAAAAAAAUGAUUAUGAUGAUCUCCAAAUAGGAUAGAAACCUACCCUAUUACUAGUUAUGCUCCAGACUGUACAACUUUAUCCCAGUAACAUGUAGAGUAUGUCUUGAGAGUAAUUUCUGAUAGAUAAAUACAAAGGAAACUUCAGCAUCUGUCUUAAACAUGUUGCCAUCUUUUUGUACCUUUUUUGGUGCAUUUUUUAUUUUGAUUGGCUAGAUUCUCUCUCAAUUCCGUGAAAUCAUUUAUUUUUAUUGACUGCAUUAGUAGGAGCUGAACUGAGCAACAACAGGAUGUCUUGCUGCUGAAAUCUGCCAGCCAGCACUCCUGGCACUCAUGUGGGCCUUUUUCAAGGGCAUUAUGAGUAGAGAGUUCUCUGUUUCCUCCAUCCUCAUCACAGGGUGAUUGUCUCUGAAGUUUUAUAAACUCCAGGCCAGGUAAGUCUCCUGG